AUGCUGCUGAGGCACCAGCGAGCUCACGCUGACCCUUUCAAAUGUCAAGAUUGUGAGAACUGCUACAAACGUUCCAGCGAACUGAUGUCCCAUCUACGUGUUCACACAGAUGAGAGACCUUUUAAAUGCUCAGUUUGUGGGAAGGGUUUUAAAACGACCGGGGAACUGAUACGUCACCAAAGUGUUCAUACUGAGGAGAGACAGUUCAAGUGCUCUCAGUGUGGGACAGGGUUCAGUAGAUCAUAUGAUCUCUGCGCACACCAAAGAGUUCACACCGGGGAAAGGCCUUUCACCUGUGCAGAGUGUGGGAAGGGAUUUACUCGGACAUCCAACCUGCUGAAGCACCAUCGGGUUCACUCUGAAGAAAGGCCUUUUAAGUGCCCGGACUGUGGGAAAGGCCACGUAAGUUCCACUGAAUUGAUGUCCCAUCAGCGUGUUCACUCUGAGGAGAGACCUUUCAGGUGCUGUCACUGUGGGACUGGGUUCAGAUGGUCAUCUGAUCUUCAUAUACACCAGCGAAUUCACACUGGAGAGAGGCCAUUCACUUGUACUGAAUGUGGGAAGGGAUUCUCUCGGUCAUUUUACCUCAUGACGCACCAGCGAGUUCACACUAGGGAGAGGCCAUUUACCUGCUUACUGUGUGGCAAGGGAUUCACUCAGUCAUCUCAUCUCAUGGCACACCAGUACGUACACAGUGAGGAGCGACCUUUCAAAUGCCCAGAUUGUGGACAGUGCUAUAAAAGUUCCAAGAGUCUUUUGUCCCAUCAACAUGUUCAUACUGAUGAGAGACCUUUUAAGUGUCCAGUUUGUGGGAAAUGCUUUAAAAGUUCUGCAGAUCUGAUGCGUCAUCAACGUAUUCACACUGAUGAGAAACCAUUCAAGUGCUCUCAAUGUGGAUCUGCAUUCAGGCGAUCAUCUGACCUCACUGUACACAAGCGCAUUCACACUGGAGAGAGGCCUUUCACAUGCUCUGAGUGUGGGAAGGGAUUCACGACAAACUCCAACCUGCUGAUACACCAGCGGGUUCACACUGGGGAGAGGCCAUUUACUUGCUCAGUGUGUGAAAAGAGGUUUACUCAGUCAGCUCACCUGCUUCGCCACCAGCGACUUCACAAGUGA